CGCUGACCUGAUCUUCCCCCUGGGCAAAACGGCGUUUACUUAUCAACAGCGUGGACACAAUAGAUAGAGAGAGACGAGCGUUUACAUGAAAACGAGUUACUUUAAAAAAGGGGGAGAAUUUUGUCACUAAACACACACCCUAUGUUUCAGAUUUUCGAUUAGUUCGAGUAGUAACGUCAGUUUGGGGGUUGUUCGUAAUUCAGAAACGGUAAUAUACACGGACUGGGGACUAUCGUAUCAACACUGGAGCGGAGCAUAACAGAUCACAGAGAAGCACAUUUUUAUAUGAGAUGACGGCAGACUCUUUUGGCUGUUUGAAGUGGUGUCCUUGUGGGCUACUCAGUGCUGAAAGGACAAGCGCAGAACCCGACAGCGACAGAUAGACCAGUCUUGGAUUUAGCUCAUCUGUUGUACUCCGUGGCCUCCUGGUUUUCCAACAGGAUGGUGCAUUCAGCGUCACUUUGUGCCUGUCUGUCUCUUCUGACUGUCCUCAGCUGUCAUUCUCAUGUCCUCCCCCGCCUCUCUUUUCCCAUGGGUAGUCCAGGUCGUUCCCUCACUGUCUUCACAAACCCUGAUGUUUAUAACACCACCACACUGUUGCUUAGCAAUGAUGAGGGCACAUUAUUCGUCGGAGCACGUGAUGCCAUUCUCUCAAUUGAUGUCAGUCAGACUGACACUAUGGCUAUGAAGGAGAAGCUGGACUGGUCUCCCUCAGAAAAAGACCUUGCCGACUGUUCCAUGAAAGGCAAAAUGAAGAUGGAUUGUCAUAACUUUGUAAGGGUUUUGCAAGAAUUGAACUCCACCCAUAUGUAUGCCUGUGGAACAUAUGCCUUCAGUCCCCGCUGCAUCUACAUCAAUUCGAAGUCAUUGGCCAUGACUACAGGCCCCAGCGGUAAGCCUGAAGAAGGCAGAGGUCGCUGCCCUUACGACCCGUACCAGAAGAACACUGCCAUAACUGUGGAUGGAGAACUGUACACAGGAACAGUGGCAGACUACAGGGGAACUCGACCUGUCAUUUCACGCUACUUGAGCGAAGGCAGCCAUGUUGAUCUGAAACUGGAUGAUACGCUUGGCUGGUUAGAAGAUCCUACUUUCAUCCGCUCCAUGUAUGCUCCCAGUGAGGAAAAGGUUUAUUUCUUCUUUAGUGAGAUUGGAAAAGAGUACGACUUCAUUGACAAGUUUACGGUGUCUCGUGUUGCCCAAGUUUGUACAAGUGAUGUGGGUGGGCAGCGUACUCUUCAGAAACGCUGGACCACCUUUGCCAAGGCUCAACUACUAUGUCAAGCUAAACAAGAGCUGCCAUACAACGUCCUACAGGACAUUGUCAGCCUUCCACCACUGGAGGGCGCAUCUGAGGACGAAACUCUAUUCUAUGGGAUUUUCAGUUCUCAGUGGCAAGUAAACUUGGGUCGCUCAGCUGUGUGUGCUUUCAGCCUCAAAGAUAUUAAAAAGGUGUUUACAGGACGUUACAAGGUUCUGAAUCGGGACACUUUGAAAUGGAGCACACGGGUACAAGAGCAAAUGGCAAACCCUGGAGAGUGUGGCCUCCAUAAUGCAUCGGACAACACUCUGCGCUUUGUUAAGGACAACUUCCUGGCUGAUAAAAGUGUUCCACCAGUAAAUCAGGGCCUGACCAUGGUGUCGUCUGAUAAGAGCUACAGCAACAUCGCUGCUCAGAGAGUGCGCGGAGCACGCGGCAGAUAUUACACUGUGCUUUACCUGCUUACUGAGUCGGGCUACCUGCACAAAGCUGUGAUCUUACAGAACGGAGCUCACAUCAUUGAGGAGAUCCAAGUGUUUCAUCAACCUCAGAUGGUCAAAAACAUCCUGCUUUCAGUCUCUAAGGGUGCAGUGCUGAUAGGCUCUUCAGAAGGAGUGGUGUCAGUACCAGUGUCCAACUGUUCUUACUACUGGAGCUGUGCUGAGUGUAUUCUAGCCAGAGACCCCUUCUGUGGCUGGAACCCUGUGAUGAAAGUCUGCACAGACAUAACUAGUCAGGGUCAACUUGUCCAGGAUGUAGAUGAGGGUAAUGUAUCGGAGCAGUGUAAAAAUGUGACCCCCAGGUCACGCUCUGGCCAGUCCCGAACCCCUUCAACUGUGUGUCCUCCAGGUGAAGUGGUGUCUGUGUCUCUAAACGAGGUAGUGCACCUGCAGUGCCCAAAAGCAUCACUCCUUGCCAAACGCCACUGGGAGCGUCUUAACAGCCAGCUCUCGCCCAAAAUCUACAUUCAGCCAGACAACGGCAGCCUCAGCUUUGUGGCGACCCCGUCCACCCUGGGACACUACCUGUGUCAGGCUGUGGAGAAUGGCUAUACCCAAACACUGGUCGUCUACCACGUUAAACAAAAGAGCAACCCCACCAUCCUACCAGCAUCCUCGAGCCGCCCGCAGAGCACCCCUCCUGCCGAAAUGGAAAAUAAAACGUCUAUUUCCACUCCUAGGUGGAUGAUAACCAAGCAGGCGGAGCCGAGGCCUAAACCAGAAGAUGUGGAUCCUACUACUGUCACACACAAAGAUUCGCUGGCGGUCACGGUCCGCAAAAGAAACUUCACUCACUGGUCUGGCACGAAAAAGGAAAACUCACCAAUGAUUGAGCCUGGCGAAAACCUCCAGCAAGUGAACAAACCCACCUACUUGAAGGAGCUAGUGGUGGUGUCCGUUCUGUUAGCUCUGUGCGUCAGUGCCUUGCUAACCAUCGUGUUUAACAGGUUCAGGCAUCUUUGUCAGAGCAAGACAGUCCCACAAACUACUUCUCGCAAGGACGCCGAAAAGGGAGGAAGUGCGACGCCCCAGGAGAGAGAGUCUCUCAGAGGGCAUUCGCCAUGUUUGGAAAAGCGGAACGGACAAGCUCCUAACGGACAGUCCCACAAUGGUCAGGCACAUAAUGGCAAAUCUCCCAUCACACUGAGCAACAGUAUGCUGAACAGCUCUAACGGUCACCUACCCAACACACCCAUCUGAGGGCGGACACUGUGAUGGUACCCUCUCACUGUAAACCUCUUUUCUGAGCCAAACUGGGCUUCUGCUGUAUCGAGCCCUUUCGCUGAACCACUUGCAGGAUCACUUUGCAGUCAGAGAAAAAAAUAAAUAAAUAAAAACUGGUAAAAAUGGCACAUUGGACCAAACCUUUUGAAGCUGUAAGACUCGAAGAUCUUUAACUCUAGGUACUAUUGUACAUUUUCAGUUUGUUGAUAUUUAAGCUGUAAUUUAUGUGACGAUUGUUUGUUUCAGUUUAAAGUGUAACAGAUUUUAUGCCUCUCUUAAAUCACUUUCAGGCAAACAAAAGUGAAAUAUAUAGAUGGACAUUUUAAGGUUUUCAUUGAUCUCUUCAACCUUUUUAAUUGAUAUCAGAAACAUUUAAUUCAGCUCAGUUCAAAAUCUUAUAUCUUUAAUGGACUUAAAGUUUAAAAUGACUAAAAUUUCCUAAAGAGAGGCAGCUUAACUAAAUUGAUCAUCUGCAACAUUUGCAAAUUUCAGAUUUUCCCUUCACAUAAACCAUUCAGUUUCCAGUACUCUGUCUACCUUGUUCGGAGUCGCUAUAUCGCACAUCUUUAGUCUUUGCCUUUAUUCCUUAUUCUUGUCUAAUUACAAAUUUUAAAUGUCAAGACGAGGUAUGUUUUCUUUUUUCUUUCAUACCCAAAAAUGGAAAUUCUGUCAUUUACUCUUCCUCAUGUCAUUCCAAACCUGCAUGACUUUCUUUAUUUUGUAGAACAAAAAAGAGGAUAUUUUGAAGAAUGUUGAGAACCAAACCAUUUCGCUUCCCAUUUACUUGCAUUGCAUGGUCAAAAAAUAUAAUGGAGGUCAAUGGGAACCGAAGCUGUUUGUUUACCAACAUUCUUCAAAAUAUCUUUAAUGCUCCACAGAACAAAGUCAAAAAGGUUUGAAACAACAUUAGGAUGCGAAAAUGCUGACAGAAUUUUCAUUUUUGGGUGGAUUUGUACCUUUAACUUUUCACAGAUGCAAAAAUGAAGCUUUCAAAGAUGCUUUUCAAGUGGUUUGUUUUUAAGUAUUUUGUGUAAUGCGUUACAAAUUUGUGCUGAUCAGUCAUGUGUAAGUACGGGUAGAUGUAUCUCUAUCAAUAUAUUUCAACAUAAAAAUAUCUCAAUAUGAAAAAUAAUACUCAAAAGUGUUUUUCGGUAUGUUGGACCUGUUAUAGAACUGUGUAGCCUGGUUACCUCUUCAUUAUUGACCACUUCACUAUACCCUAACGGCAAAGCACAGUAACUGCAUCAAAACUGGAAUCUGUGUAAAUUUUGAGCAAAGUUGAGCCAAACCAAAUCCUUCACAGAACAAAUUGCAGUCAAAGAGACCUGAUUUUGGUCUUGUCUUAAUUAUUAUUUUUUUUAAAAAUGGUAGUUGCUGUGUUUUGUCUUUGCACAUCGGUAUAUUGGGCCUGAUUGCAGCUACUUCUAGAUGGGAGUGACCUAAACCAAUCUUUUGUUUGUUGUUUUCUUUCCCAGCCUGUGAUUUUGUCACUGAACGGUACGGAUUUGAAGUCUUCAUUCUGGGGAAAUCACUUGUAAAAUGUGAUAUUGCCAAAUCUGUAUUUUAUAAUCAGAGAAAGGAGGACAUGUUCUUUCUAGUGGUUCAAGGAACAGUUUAAUUUUCUGUUGGUCUUUAGCUGGAUAUCUGAGUCCAAUCGAAGCCCAAUAUGUGAAGUCUGUCACAGGACUAGAUGCAUUUCCCUGCAUGCCACUGUUUUUGAAAGAUUCUGUUUAUUUUUUUAUAGCCUAUAAUGCAGGCUGUUUUGAAAAAAAUAAAAGAUAUUGAUUUAAA